AUACAUACUUAUCAUUGACCGACUUAGUCUCCCUGACCUCAAGGAUGUUAUCAGGCGGCCAUGUUCAACCCUGAACACAAGGCCGAUCUCGGGUGGUUUUACAGUUAAUACCAUUCACGGAAUUCAGCUGAGAACGCAAUAUGGAGGAUGCAGAUGUGAAGACGAUGCCUGAAAAAAGCCUUACAGAAAAAAAAAUGUCGGUCCUGGUUAACCCGGCGUUCGAGAAUGACAGCUCGGACUGUGAGAGAAACGGAAAUGUACCAUUUCCCCCCGAGGAACCCGAGGAACCUGAAGACCGGGGUAACCUGUGUUCCCGAGGGGUGGGGACUCUACAGACAGCUGUGACGUCAGCCUACACCAAACAUGAGAAGGCGGUGUGGAUGGUGAUCAAGUUCCUCCUCAUGGCGGGAUACAUCGGCUACUUCGGAUAUGCGAUGUAUUACAGAUUCGGUGACGAGGGAUCCUACCGACUGAUGGUGGUCACGGUCCUUGGUGUUCUCAUCAUUCUGUGGGGUAUAGGGGGAGGCUCCGUCAUGAACGUCAUCAACAGCUUCCACAGAGGCUGCGUGCAAUACCACGGCAGGAACAGAUGCCGGAUAUUUUCCAUUUCAGUCAGAUGGUUUCUGUACGUGUGUGCGGCUGUGUUUAUCGGCGUGUACACGGGGGUGGAGAUCGGAAUGAACCAACCUAGGAACCUCAUGUCCCUGAUUGGCAUCGCAUCUUUAAUAUUUGUCAUGUACAUCACAAGCACGGACCCUGCCAGGGUGAACUGGCACCCUGUCUUUUGGGGGAUGGCGAUCCAAUACAUCUUCGCCUGUCUGAUACUGAAGACCGCGUGGGGGUACGGUGCUUUUGAUUGGCUGGGAAAGAGGAUGACGGAGGUCCUGGGUUACUCUAACACAGGCGCCCAGUUUGUGUUCGGGGACAGCUAUGAAGACCACAUGUUUGCCUUUAAAGUAUUGCCCGUCAUCGUGUACUUCAGCUCCCUCAUCGCUGUUCUCUACUAUAUCGGAGCUAUGCAGUACAUCAUCCGGGUACUGGGCAAGUUCCUGGCAUUCUGUCUGGACACAAAGGCGACCGAGUCUCUCAACGCUGCGGGUAACAUCUUCGCUGGAAUGACCGAGUGCCCUCUCAUGAUACGCCCAUUUCUGCCGUUGAUGACGAAAUCGGAGUUGCACGCCGUCAUGACCGGAGGUUUCGCCACCGUGUCCGGCAGCGUCCUGGGCGCGUACGUUACGUACGGGGUGAAGGCCAACCAUCUGCUAGCAGCGUCCGUGAUGUCAGCUCCAGCAGCUCUAGCCAUCUCCAAACUGACCUAUCCCGAGACGGAGACGUCGGACAUAGACCCGGACGAUGUGUACAAGCUGCAGAUGGACAAGCCAAAUAACGUCAUCGAGGCUGCAUCAAACGGGGCAUCGGUCUCCAUAAGUCUUGUUGCCAACGUUGCUGUCAACGUCAUGGCGUUCCUGGCGUUGCUCCAACUCGUAGACGCCUCAUUGAUAUUUUUGGGAGACAGAGUAGGCGUUGAAAACCUGACCUUCCAAUUGAUCUGCUCCUAUGUUUUCUACCCAAUCAGUUUUGUGAUGGGUAUUGAUCCUGUCGACUGUCGGCGAAUGGCGAGGUUGAUUGGCUUCAAGACAUUUACAAAUGAGUUCGUGGCGUACAUUGAGAUGGGGAAACUGAUAGAUAACGGUCACGUAUUUGACAACUACACAGCAACGUUACCUAACGCCAGUUGGGUAACUCAACCUAAUGACGACAUCUUUUUGACAGACUGGGGCCAAACCUUAGUUGGUGGAAUUAUGCUGCCCCGAUCACAGGUUAUCGCAACGUAUGCCUUGUGUGGGUUUAGCAAUCUCGGCUCCAUGGGGAUCCAGAUCGGAGGAUUAGGAGCCAUGGCUCCAUCUAGGAAGUCAGAUCUAACAGCCAUGGCUCUGAGAGCCAUGAUCGCCGGCAACGUAGCUUGCUUUUUGACAGCGUGCAUUGCAGGACUUUUCUACAGUGGUGAGCUGUAAGCAGUAUUGGUCGUCCAACAGGUUUCGAACCAUCGACUGUGACAAAUGAAAGGGGAAUAACGAUAUAUGAAAAAUAUACUGACGGUAAAAUCCGACGAAACUGCAAUACACACGGAAGAUAAAUAUUUUCGGACUGGCGAAAUCUAUCUUGUGUUCUUGGCCUUACUGGAUAUUCUGGUGUUCGGUCAAACGUGGGGCACACUUGAAGCUCCUAGGAUGUGCUGGAAGUCAAGGAUGAGUGUAUGUAUCUACGUGUGUCCACUUCCACAACCAGCCAACAACGGAUCCUUUGCCUUUGAUUGUUAAUCAAACCUUAAAAACACAUGCAGAUGUACUUAAAGAAACUUCCAGGAAGUACCAAGGAUCUAGCUUGUAAUCAGCCCAAAUCCACAUUAUGUUCCUGCUGUCUGAACCAUUUGGAUAACUAUCAUUAUAUCACAGCUAUAGCAUAUCCCAGAAA